AUGAACUUUCUGAUUUACUAUGCUAAAAUCCGGGAAUUCAAGAAGGCAUUCGUCAGCAUCAUACGGAAGAUGUCUACAGAUGUUCCGCUUGUAGGGUGCUCGAGGUUUACGAAAGUUUUGAAAAACUUCUCGAAAUUUGAACUCGAAAUUUCUCAUCAUCCCAUGGUACAGGUUGAAGGCAUAUGUGCCUAAAACUUGCGUGGCGGUGGAUGAAAAAGAAUAAUUUAACUAAAGAAGAAAUGGCCGUUUUGUUAGUCUUAGCAUACUCAUAUUGUCCACCAAAGGGAAAUUUUAUCGCUACACGAAAAAUUAAACAUAAAAAAUAUAAUUUGCAGAUCAUGCAUGAGGCACAUAAUGAACGAAUGAAGGCCUUGCCUUCUGUAUGACCACAUGACUAAGGGUGGUUUCUUUACUAAAUUCCAUGAUGUGAUAAAAAAAAAAUAUCCGGAUCAUUAGGAUUUUUCAUUAAGAAAAGAAAUGAUGUAUCCAAAAAGGAAUUAUUUUUCAUUCAUUUCCAUACACUACCCACAAUCGACGAAAUCCCCGAGAAAGAAUAAUACGGUUGCUGACAAUGUUUCAAGUUUGCUGUUCUUUCAUUGUAUGAUGCAUGCAACUCAAGUGACUUUAGAGUGGACUAAAAAGAUAAUUAAAACUCCAUACUUUGCUUAGGUUCAACGUUAAAUAACUAAAACAGUACGUUAUCUUAAUAAUAAUGAUGCAAAUAUCGACAACAACAACAAUCGCAACAGUAAUUACUACAAUGAUAAUGACGGGAUGAUGAUGAUGAUGAUGAUGAUGAUGAUGAUGAUGAGAACAAGCUUUAUAUAUUUGCAUCACGACUACUAUUUAAGUUAGAUUGUUAACAGGCUAAUUAUAGCACCUGUGACUGCCAGUUUUAUCUGAACUAUUUGAUUGUUUUUUGUUUUUUUUUCAUAGUAUUCUUGCCUUUGGUGAAAUCUGCAUAAUAAGUCGGUGA